AAAAAAAAAAAAAAAAAGAAAGAAAAAAGUAAAAAAAAGAGAGAGAUAAGAAAGAAAGGAAAGGAAAGCAAGCCACAGCACAAUUCUCGAAACGCAAACCUUCACUCAGAAGUAAAGAAAAGCAAAAGCAGAAAUGAAGGCCUAUUUUUACGACGACCUUCCAGGCGACCAGCGCGAGCCACACGACUCGGGCAAGGCGGUGGACACGGACGGCCUCGCCAGCCUGGGCGUGCUCUACUUCCACCUGCCCGACGUGUCAGAGGUGGACUCGCUGGCGGCGUCGCGGGGCUACCGCAACCGCGACGAGAUCACCGUGUCGCCCGAGAAGAUGGGCGACGCCUACGAGGACAAGGUCAAGUCCUUCUUCUCGGAGCACCUGCACGAGGAUGAGGAGAUUAGGUACAUCCGGGAUGGUCACGGCUACUUUGACGUCCGCGACCGCGCCGACCGCUGGGUUAGGAUUCAUCUGGACAAGGGGGACCUCAUCAUCUUGCCUGCGGGCAUUUAUCAUCGGUUUACGACGGAUGAUAGCAACUACAUCCACGCCAUGAGACUAUUCAAGGACGAGCCCAAGUGGACGCCCCUGAACCGUGGACCGGAGCUGGAAGACAACGAGCACAGGAAGAAGUAUGUCGACGAGUUCCUGGAAGGCUGCUCGCGUUCAUAAACGCCAUAUUGUUCACUAUAGUCAAGGUUAACUACCUAAGGUAUACAGCGAAAAUGAUAUAAGUUUCUCUUGUGUCCAG